ACUUCCACCCAUAGCCAUCAUCACAAGCAUAAUACCCCAUCAGACACAUACGCACUGUAUCAGUCGAUUACAAUGGAGGAAGACCCGGAGGCCAGCACACUUAACAGAGUAAACAGGACGAGUAAAAGUUCGAACUUGGACAGUUUAGGCCUAUCACGUUCUUCUCUGUCUUAUGACAAGAAUUUUGUUUGUUCUCCGUCAGGAGUGCUUAUGCUUGGAGAAAUAGUAUGUGGCCUCCUGGUGUGGACUCUUCUAGGUGGGACCGAGUAUGUUCGUGUCCCUGCACUGGGCUGGGUAAUGUUUGUGUCAGUGGUUUGCUGGGUGCUAACUGUCUGCCACCUUCUACUGUACCUGACCACAACCCAUGUAAAGAUGCCCCAAGUCCCAUGGACACUUCUUGGACUGUGCUUCAACAGCAGUGCCACUGUUCUUUACAUGACAGCUGCAGUGAUUAAUGCUGCAUCUGUAACAUCUGCCAUUAGGGGGCGCUAUUACUACACUAGCUGGAUGGCUUCCACGGUGUUUGCAUUCUUGGUGGUGCUUUGUUAUGCAGUAAAUGCAUAUUUAUGCUACAAAUCCUGGAGAUCCAAAAGUGAUGAUGCCUAAACCAAAUAUUCUUGGGGAACAAAUGCAGUGACUACGAGUCCAUUUGCAGUCUCAUUUGCAAAGAGUAACUUUCUUUUUUAAUAUUUUUUUAUGUCUCUUUACAACUGUAAUCGUAUAAACCUUAUGCAAGAAUCCAGGACAUCCACAUUCUUGUGCAGUUUGUCAAGUGUGAAGAAUUUCACGGUUUUUGUUCAGAGACUGAUAGAUUUUCAAUUGUUUUUCACUUUAGAUGCAAAUUUUCUUACGAUUUUAAUAAUAGUACUCUAUUUUUGUAAAUGGCACAGCUGUGUUGAAAAUGGGAUGUAUAUAACAUCUAUAUAUAUAAAUGGGUGUGUGUGUGUGUGUGUGUGUGUGUGUGUGUGUGUGUGUGUGGGUGUGAGUGAAAGAGAGAGUAUGCUGGUUGUGUAUUAUGUAUACUGAUAUUUUAAAGUGAUACAGUGUACCAUCUCUAAAUGAAGUAUUUCAAAAUGAGAAAAGGUAUAAUCACAGUGAAUAAUAACCACAAAUAGUUAUCCACAGUCUUGAAGAAAAUAUAUUGAGCAAUGCCAGCCAGUGGUGUCUUGACAUGAAUUUUAUGUCUGUUCUUUUUUAUACAUCAGGCCUUUAUAAGUCUAAUGAGAUUAGGAAGACUGAGAAGGAAGUAAGACAUAUAGCUCAGUCUAUACCAAAACAAAAGAAAGAAAACAAAUGGUAUUUAUCAAUCAAAAUAGUUUAAAGAAAUAAAGAAAACUUAAAAACAAACAAACACUGACUCUAUGCAACAUCCUACAUAAUCCCAUAAAUAGUAAAGUUCCCAGUGUAGUGUAUAUAGGAAACUGCAGCUCAGCCCCAGCAGGGCCAUGUGCUGUCCUAAUCCAGUUGUAUGCAUUUCCAUUGCAAAGGAAGCAGAUGAGAACACAUUAUUUCUUUCUCCUCCAAAAAGGUUUUACACAGUCUUUGUAAAACUAAUUUAACAGGCAAUCAUCAGUAAAGGCAUCCUUACUCUGUAGUUCCUUACUGCAAAACAAGUUGCAGUAUCACCAUUCCAAGCCAUGAGUUUCUUGGAUAAGUAAUAAUGAAUAGUCAUUGGUUGAUGUGUGGUCCUGCUGCCUCAGAUGUCUACAGGUAAAAUCAUCAUGGUUGUGGCAUGCAGGGAGUAGUUGGAUCAUUUAAAAUGGUGCUAUUUGAUGCCAAUAUAUUUGACAGUGUUUUGCCAUUAGAAGUAAUAGCUACUAUUCAGAUUCAAUGGCCCACAAGCAUCAAAUCACCAACCUUUAUAAAAGCAACAAAGCACAACAAAAGGAGGGAUGAUUUAAAGGCAAAAUAAAAACUGUCCCAGACUGAUGAAACAAGCAUGCCUCAGCAAAGAGACAUGUAGAACCAGAAAGAUGGGCUUGUAAUGGUGGAGUAGAAAUCUGGAGCAGAGUUUGAGGGAAACACUUCAAUACUAACAUUCCCUAGACAAUGUCCAUAGUGGCCUCCUACACAAUACCAGCACCACACUUUCAUGCACAACUGGUAUGUGUUGGUCCCAGUAGUCGUAGUUUUUUUUUUUUUUUUACCUGUAGUUGUGUUUCUCACUGACUAGCUGGAACCUGAUAUAGAGCAAAGUGGCUUGCUGUCCCUCCCCAUCUGUGAGCUCCACUCUCAGAGCAUAUUGCUGCUGACCUGUUGGCUGGAACACAAUGCUCUCCAGACAGAGAACCAAAUACCUGCAAUAAAACUUGCAGAGCAACAAACAAACACCAACAUAUGAGAGGAAAAUCAUCAUGCAAAAGGCUUGAAAGACAUCAUUUCUGCUCAUUAACACACACUUUAUUGAGCAAACACAAUAAACAGAACUAGAAUACACUUAAUGGGGGAAAUGGGUAGGUUAACCAAAAAUGUAGACACUCACAAAGACUGUCCUUACUGUCACAUCCCCACAGUGGUCCAGAUUGUCCAGCCCAGCAUCUCUGACAGGUCAUCCUCACUCUCUUUGUCAAAAAUUGUUUGCCUUGAUCAUUUUUUGUCCAUUGACCAUUUGUGCCUUCUGAUUUUGUACUACUGCCUGUUGUUCUGAACUCCAGUAUUUAUUUAUUGAUUAAUUUAUUUACCUUUUGCCUGUUUUCUGUUUUUGUGUUUUGGGGACUGUUUUUCUGUGCAUCUGCUGUGUAUUAAACUACACCUUGCAUUUG